GGUACAGAAAUAGUGGUCCCUAUUAUUGCGCAAGGUCCGAGGUCCGAGGUCCAAUGUCCAAUGUCUAAAGUCCAAACGCUUCCAUUGUCGUGCUGCGGUUCAACUUCUUCAUCUCUACCGAGCACGGAUCGACCCCAUGGCGUCGCCACGGCCACGGCCACUGGCCAGAGGAAGUUUAGGGCUUGUGGCCAUGGCUUACGUAGGAGUCGAUUACCUCAGAAUUGUUUCUCCGUCUUUGCACUCUGUUCUCCAACCCCUUCUAUGGGGAGUUCUUGCCAUUGCCGCCUUUGCCAAGGCCCCCUUUUACAAACACUGGUCUUCUGAGCUCAAAGCUUCACUUCCAUUCUUGGGAUCUCUGUUCUUCAUGCUCUCUGCCCUUGUAGUUGAGGCCAUUUCUGUGCAGUUCGUCACCGCUGUUCUAGGUCUUGAUUGGCACCAAAAUGCACAUCCACUUCCAGACACAGGCCAGUGGCUGUUUCUGGCAUUAAAUGACAAGCUUCCUCAUACAGUGGUGGAAUUAUUAAGGGCUCAUCUUAUUGGCCUGCACCAUUACUUAAUGCUUUUCUUAAUGUUGGCCUUCUCGGUUCUGUUUGACUGUGUACAAGCCCCCGGCCUAGGGCUUGGUGCACGAUACAUGUUCACAAUGGCAGUUGGCCGUCUUCUUAGGGUGCUCACAUUUGUAUCCACUAUUCUUCCUUCUGCUCGGCCUUGGUGUGCAUCUGCUCGGUUUGGAAUACCUGAGCACCCUCAUCCGUGGGCUCAAGAGUAUUACAUGCCUUAUGCUUUUGACCGUAAUGCUAUCCGUAGACUUAUCCAGACUGAUACAAAUUAUGCUGCAGUUGAGGAUCACCCUCCUGAAUACCGACCAGAUUGGGGGUCAAUGAGCUUCUUGGUUGAUCUCUUAAGGCCCACUUUGUCUUCUGAAGGAUCUUCAUGGUUUGCGACCCUUAAAAGAACCGGUGGUGGCUGCAAUGAUCUCGUUUAUAGUGGCCACAUGCUUGUUGCUGUUUUGACAGCAAUGGCAUGGACAGAAGCCUAUGGGGGCUGGGCAUCUGGUCUCAUAUGGCUACUCCUUCUGCACAGUGCUCAGAGGGAAAUUCGAGAGAGGCAUCAUUACAGUGUCGAUUGUGUUGUAGCGAUAUAUGUUGGCAUUCUUUUAUGGAGGACAACAAGCUGUAUUUGGUCCUCCAAAGAUGCUCAAAGAGCCAAAAGGAUGGUUGAGCUUGAUAAAGUCCAUAGCAGACUGGUGCAAGCUGCAAAAGAUGGGGACAUCGGUGAAGUAAGGGAGCUUCUAAAAGACGUUGAGGUAUCGAGGUUAGAAAACAAGUCUUCUGCAAAGUGGGCACUUUGGACUUUUGCCUGUGUAACCACAGUUUUUUCUCUUGGUAUUGCACUCCUUGCCUUCACUUUGACAACUGAUGGGUGAAGAUCCUUGCUGGUGGGCUUCUGUAAUUUGAUGGUUUUUGUUUUAAUAUUAUGCUUGUUUCCUUAUAGACUGUUUAUUAGCCAUAAGCUUUUAUCAUCUCAUAUCUAUUUGGAUAAUUUUUGGAAA